AUGGCGGUCAUUCCGCGGUUGUUGGCUGUUUGCCUGUUUUAUUCUAUCAACCUAAUUGCAGUAAUACGAUAUUUUGACUAUGAUGAUAGGAGUGGUUUUGGUUUUUAUUCGAAAUUGAUUCUGCUGACCGAAUGUUUUAUGAUGCUUGGUAUACUGACAUCAGAUUAUUUGAUACCAUCGUUGUCCUUCAUAUCGAGGGAUAUCCUAAAGAUAUCAGAUAGGGUUUCUGGUAUGACUUUACUUGCCCUAGGUAAUGCAAUCCCUGAUAUCACCACUACCUACCAAUCUAUGAAACGAAAUGAAACAUCAUUGGCUUUGGGUGAAUUGAUUGGUGGUGUUUUUUUCCUUCUUACUGUAAUAUUAGGAGUUGUUGGAAUAGUAUCAACAGUGAAAUUUGAGCCAUCCACUUCACCAUUUGCAGAUUAUCCAGAAAGCUGUGAAACGUAUCGCGAGUCGAUGCAAUCACAUUCUUAUAGUAGAGAGAUUUUUUUGCAGGACAUGAAAAUCUUUUUGACUAUGAUAGUGGUUUCAACAUUGUUUUUAUAUGACGGAAGAUUAUUCGUAUGGGAAUGCCUUAUUAUGGUGGUUACAUACGUUGCUUGUGCAGCAUAUAUGGUGUCAAGUCAUUUAAACUACGGACUAGAAAAUAAUUCUGCUGUUUUGAAUGGUGACGAUCAUUCCUCUUUGCGUGAUAUUAUAUAUGAUAAUUUAUCUACCAUUACCGAGGAAAAUGAGAACUCCAGUCUUCUUGGCGAUAAUGACCACAUAGUCUCACCUUUGACAAAUGAAAAUGUCAAUAUAAGGUUAUUUGAAGCAGGUAUAGCUGAAAGGAGGAAAUACAUCCGCCGUGGAAUUCAGCGUUACAUGCGAACACACUAUACAGGUUGGGUGAGAAUGACAUUAAAUGACUGUCUUGACCUUUGGGAGCACUCGGAUAUGCUCAAAAGUCAAGAAAAUUUAGGUAAGCAAGAUCAAGAUGAUAUUGUUGAUAGAACUAGAGAGAUUGGUUCAAAUGAGAUGGAUCAGACUGAGAUAUCAGAUACAUUAUCCGAAUUGCCCUUGCCAGAACAACUACCAAUCAGUAAGAGAAUCAAAAGAAGAUCCACAUCAUUAACUUCCAACUUAGAAAGACUAGAAAUUCCUAAGAUUGUCUAUUCUGAUUUUAGUCAGGGACUUGUGAGUGACAGAUUUGAACAAACAGCAACUCCAGCUCCGGUACCCAUAUUUUCUACCCCACAGCCUCUACAUGCACCAGUAUUUGAUGGAAGACCUCCAACUUAUAGAUCAUUGAGUUACGAUCAUUUGGGUGAUAUAAUACAAGAGCGUAAUUAUAGAUCUGUUUCAGAUAAUAGGUCGGAGUUAGGUGAGGACUUAGAAAACAUGAUAAGUAGAGUAAGUGGAACAGGAAGGGAAAAGAAAUGGUAUACAGCGUCUAAAUUGAUCACGUAUCUAAUUGAUGCAGAGGUAACAUUACCAAUCAGUGAACUUAUUACUUUACUUUUCAGUUUCCCUAUAACGCUACUAUUGGCAAUAUUAAUACCUAAUGAUGUGUUUCGUAGUGCAGUAGGUGAUAACUCAUUUAUUACAGCACUACAGUUAUCGAUAGCGCCAAUGGUGUUUUCCUUUACCUUGGAUAACAUGUUCAACAUUUAUUGGCUGUCUUUAGUAUCAAUCAUAUUAUUGUUUUCACUAUUAAUAUUUGAAGCACCACUAAAAGAUUAUCAGAAGCACAUUACCUCAUGUUUUGCAUUUGUUCUGUCACUUGGUGGAAUAUCAUUUACUGUUCAUUUGAUCUUGGAUGUUCUUACAAGUUGGGCAGACUCCUUCAAUCUUUCUCCAAGUGUACUGGGUCUAACGAUUUUUGCCUGGGGUAAUUCGAUAGGUGACUUAGUAUCGAAUAUUACUUUCGUACAACUUGGAGUCAUCGAUGUUGCAUUGGGGGCUUGUUUUGGCAGUCCUUUACUCUAUAUCUUGUUUGGUAUAGGUAUUGAUGGUAUUUUAGUAAUGCUUAAUAAGCAUGGAUUCCGCAUGCCCGAGAAAUGGUACUCUCUUUUAUUCAAUUGUAUUCAGUUCAAAAUUGACGCUCAUUUGAUAAGCUCUAGUAUUGGUAUUAUCGUAGCGUUCUUCAUCCUCAUUGUGGGUGUGCCGGUAAAUAAAUGGAGACUUGACUUCAAAGUUAGCAUCCUAUUACUUGGUCUCUAUGUUGCCGUUACUGUAAUAAACAUAAUAUUUGCAUUGAAGUCGUGA